AUUCUCUCUUCAAAAUGGCGUCUUUGGUUUGCAGACGAUCUUCGACCGGACAUCUGAAAAAAGUUUAUCGUUUAAUUAACAAUAGAUUUCUUUCGACCUCCUCCUAUAACUUGUGUACUGAAGUAUCGACCACUUUGAAUUUCCCAAAGAGUGAAGAAGAAUUAUUUAGGGAAAAGGAGGAAUUUAUUCCUCUAACAAAACAUACACUCUUUCGCUAUUUGGUACAGGACGACGAUUUAUUAAACAAGAAUAAUAAAAAAUUGUUUGAAGAUGUUUCUUUUCGGCUUGGAAUUUACGCUAAUCGAAAAUAUAAUGGAAAGUUAAAUGAUUUAAAAUCUCUCUUCGAACCCAUAAAUCCCGAUUUGAAUAAGCUAGCAACUCAUAAUUGGACAAGGCGAGAAUGCUUAGACAACGAAUUUUGGCUAAUGAAAGGAUUGAGUGAAGUCUUAACAAAAGCUAAUUUUAAAGAAAUUCCAGAUGACGAUGUCAAAAGAUCCCUCUCAAAACAUUCAACUUCCGAAGGCGUAAGAGUAGAAGUUGAUUCAUCCAAAUAUGAUAUAAUGAAGUUUUGGACUCUUGGAAAAGAAAAAGUUAAUUCAAAAUCUAUUUUUCGUCAACUUCUUUCCGCUAUUGGAAAACCAUCUGCAAGUGAACAAUACAAGAGAGUCGUUAUUGCCUCAAGGUUACGCAAGGACAACAAGCUCUCCAUAAAAGCUUUUAAAGAUAUUUCCAGCGGUUCUCUGGAACAAUUACUUCCGGACGCUAAAAUAAGCAUGUCUCGAUACGAUAAAACUGUUAUUGGUAUAAGCGCAGCAUUAGCUGGACUUGGAGGAUUAUCGCAAGCAAUAGCUUAUCUUGUUCAAAUGAAUGUUACUUGGCCGAUCAUUUUAAUCCUAAUCACAGCAAUAAAAACUGUUCAUUCUGUUGGAAUUUACCAAAACAAAAAAAACCGAUAUUUAUUACAACUGCAUAAAGUUCUUUAUAGUAAAAAUAUUGCAAACAAUAGGGGUUUGCUCACUCUUAUAAUAGAUAGAGCCGAGGAUGAAGUUUUAAAAGAAAUUCUCCUCGUUUAUUCAUUUUUACUGUCCAUUGAUUCCCUAAAAAGUGAAGUUAAUGGAAUUACAAUAGCGUUGUUAGAAAGUUCUAUUGAGGGUUGGAUUUUCCAAAAAACUGGAAGAGAAAUAAAAUUCAAUUCUCGCGAGGCAAUUGAAUUACUAACUGAUUUAAAAUUAAUAGCAAACAAUGAGAAUAAUAUCUUUUGUCUCCCACUAUCCAAAACUGUUCUUAAUUUACCAAUACAAUCAGCUUUUGAUAUACUUGACUGUCGCGAAGACGAGGGAUAUGAUGAAAAAAUACCUGAGAAGAAGGAGAAAAAAUAUUUUAACUGGCUAGGUGAAAGUAUUGGUCUUCGAGAUGCUGUACCCAAAUUGUUCAAUUUGGCGGCCGGAAGUAAAAUAACAGCAACCGCAACUUGUGGUGAAGAACGAGAAGAAGAAUAUUGCAGGCUUUUUGGUUUGAGCGGAAAGCAGCCUACAUGUGGAAGAUGCAAAUGGUGGAAUGAUCCAGCAUCUGAUACUAAAGAGUUAUUCAAACCAGAAUUCGCUAUUGCAGGAGAGAAAGGUAGUUGGAUGAGUCCUCCAUUUAGUAGUGGAGAUAAUAAGGAUGACUAUGAAAAAGUUAAUCUGACAAUUCACUUUGACCAGCCGUAUUAUGUAGCAUACAUCCACAUAGAAUCGGGAUAUGGUCUCUUUCCAAAGACCCUAGCUAUUCACAGAUCAUCAGACGGGGGGAAAACAUACACACCCUGGUAUUAUAUAACUCAAUCCGUGGAGGACUGUGACAAUUAUUUUGGAAAGGGAAAUUGGGUUAAGAAAAUAACUAAUAUUAAUGAAGUUAAGUGUGAUUUUGAAGAAAAUCGUGGAUGGGGAAAAAAUCAGUUCCACGAAUUCACUGUACCCCUUUUUAGAGACUACUGUAGGGCUAUGGGAGAUACAAAAAAGUGUCAUUCCAAUAGGCAACUUUUAAAUUUCACUCAAGCAACUGAUGUAAGACUUUCAUUCAUGGCCGUUAAACGAGAUAACUAUGGGCAAUUUGGUUUUGGAGCUUAUGAUGAAAAAAUUUACAACCGAUACUUUUAUAGUGUUAGAGCCCUUCAAAUCGGUGGUAUGUGCAUGUGUCAUGGCCAUGGUCAGGACUGCUACAAACGAGGAGAUAAAGAUGUAUGUGAAUGUGAGCAUAACACUCAAGGCGAUAAUUGUGAUACAUGUAAGCCAAAAUUUCGUCAAAGAAAAUGGAUGCCUGCUAAUGAAACACAUACCAAUGCCUGCGAAGAAUGUAACUGUCAUGGUCAUUCUGAUUUCUGCAUUUACAAUGAAACAGUUAGUAAACUCCAUCUAUCUCUCAAUAUGAGAAACGAAUAUGAAGGUGGUGGUGUUUGUCUCGAAUGUCGUGACAACACUGAAGGUGUAAAUUGUGAAAAAUGCAAGUAUGGAUACACUUUGGAUAGACGUUCAUCUUUCCAUGGAUGUGUUGAGUGCAAUUGCUAUGAAUCUGCAUACUAUACAGGCGAGUGUGAUCCUGAAACUGGGAAAUGCUAUUGCAAAAAGGGAUAUACUGGUGAUCUUUGUCAGGACUGUGCAAGUGGAUACUACAAAUCUGAUGCGAGCAUUUCUGAGUAUUGUUUUGAGUGUCCUUGCAAUAUUAACGGUACUUUAUCUGUUGGAAAUCAAGACAACUGCCAAAAUAAUAUUAUUGGUUGUAAAUGUAAGCUUCAUGUUAUUGGAGAGAAAUGUGACAGAUGUGAACCAGGUUACUGGAAUUUUCCGUCAUGUCAAAAAUGUGACUGUGACCCUCGGUUCUCAGAGGGUAACCAGGUGUGUGAUGAAACAAAUGGAAAAUGUUUCUGUAAAGCAGCUUAUACAGGGGAUAACUGUUCGAGAUGUGCAGAUGGUUUCUUCAACUUUCCUGACUGUGAAAAAUGCCAAUGUAAUGCUCUAGGACAGACAAAGGCAAAAUGUAACAAAAUCACUGGUGAAUGUAUUUGUAGAACAGAGUUCAGUGGAGAUAAAUGUCAGAACUGUGCUGAUGGUUUUUACAAGCAAAGAGGAUUUUGUGAAGAAUGCCAAUGUAAUACUUUGGGAACGAAAGAAGAGUCUAUAUCUUGUGAUAUUCACGGCAUAUGUAAUUGUAAAGAUGGUUACAACGGCGAUAAAUGUGAAUCAUGUGAAGUCGGAUAUUUUAAUGCGAAUUCGAAACAACCAAACGAACCCAUGCAAUGCGAACCUUGUAGAUGCAAUAAGGAGGGUUCAUCGUAUGAUCGAUGUGAUAGUAAUGGAGUAUGCACAUGCAAAAAUAAGAUUACAGGAAGAAAGUGUAAUGAAUGCAUACCUGGUCUAUUCAUAUUUCCCAAGUGUAUUGAAUGCGUAUGCAAUGAAAAAGGCUCAGAGAAAAUAGGAGCAGAUAUCUCCUCUUCCAGUUUUUGCAAAGGCUCUGUUGAGGAGUCGUUAUGCACCUGUAAAAAAAAUGUUGAAGGUCAACUUUGUGACCGAUGCAAACGUGGCUUUUACAACAUGACUCAAGAAAGUAUAACUGGAUGUGAAAAUUGUUUUUGUAAUUCAUUAGGAGUUUUUGAAAACUCCUGUAAAGAAGGCGGAGAUUGCUUCUGUAAAAAAUAUGUUCAAGAAGGAAAAUGCCUUAAAUGUAAAAGUGGUUUUUAUAAUCUUGAUCCAAGUAACCUUUUUGGAUGUUCAGCAUGCAAGUGUUUUGUCACUGGUUCAAUCAAUGACGAAUGUGAUGCUGGAGGUAGAUGCACUUGUAAAACUGGGUUUUCAGGCAACAAAUGUGACAAGAUAAUUGAUGGCUAUUAUUAUCCUAAUCUGCACCAUUUAACAAGUCAAUUUGAAAAUGCUAUUGAUCAAGAUGAUGCAAGCCUACCUGUCGAACAGAAAGAUGAACGAAAAUACAUUCUACUGAAUAAAGAUAUUGAAAUUUCUCUCCUGGUUGAGAUACCAAAGCCAGGUGCUUAUACGAUACUUAUAAAAUAUUCUCCGAUAAAUUUAUCCCUUCGAAAGUUGGCAAUUACUUACAGAGUACCAAAUUCUCUGAAUUAUAAAGAGCCGAAAGAUUUUGCUUUAAUUGGAGAUAGUGCUGAGUUUACCCUUAGAGCUAUUGGAGAGGUCAUAUUUGAGCAGAAUGGUACAUACAGGUUUUACUUUCAAUCUGACAAUGAUGUUUAUUUGGAUCUUCUUGAGGUCCAACCAAAAUUAUACAGAACUGCUGAGUCAGAUAGGGCCUUGAUUACAGAAGUAAUUGAACGCCCUUGUAAAGGCAGUGAUGACGACAUGUGCAAGAAUUUCUCCUAUGUUCCUCUAGAUACUUACGACCACUCUUUGAGCUCUGAUUCAAAUAAACAGGAAAUAAAUUUGUCUUUAAGGAAAUCACAACCAUAUGUGAUUAUAAUAGAGUAUCAAAGUCAUUUAGAUGUACGAAAUACUUCAUCGAUUUAUGUGUCUUCUGAGAACUUGAAUGAGCACGAAAUAUAUUCUACGUUUUAUCCUUGUAAUUUUCAAUUUUCUUGUCGAGCUGUAGUCCAAUGGAAUAGUACAGACAACAAUGAAUAUAUGAGCGUUAUUCACUCAUUUAAGGCUGGAGAUGUUUUGUUUAAUUUCAGAGAUGUUCCUGACAAAAUUAGUAUAGAGAAACUAUAUGCCAUUCCUUUAUCUAUUUGGCAUCCAAGUGUUAUUGAGCCUCGUUUUUCAUGCAUUUACAAAAAUGGGAAAUGCGUUGAUUUGGAAUUUCCGAUUCCUAUUGCAUAUAUUGACAUGAAUGACGAAAUAAAUGCUAUUACUCUUAAAGACUAUCAUCCACCAAAUCAGCCUCUUGUUUUGCGGCAUAGCUUAUCGCAACCUUUGACAAAAAAUUUCGAAACAUCAAAUAUUGGUCAUCAUGACAUAUAUAUUAGAUAUUACCAACCGUUUGAUAGCUUUGUUAAAAGUGAAGUUAUUAUUGAUGGUGCUGAUUUAGUGCCACGUAAGGGCAUACUUGAAACGAAGUUUUGCAAUCAUAUUUUCGGAUGUCUAGAAAAAGUUCAAUUAGAAAAUAGCUAUUUUCAGGAUUAUGGCCAAAGUCAAAUAACUUUUCAACCGCCUCGUAAUAAUAAAUUUUACUUGGAUUCAAUUCUUGUUUACAACAAAUUUGAAAAUCGAGAUAUCUCUCAGCUUCCCGAGCAUAGUCAUCUCCCGCUAACAGAGCAAUACGUUAAGGAGUGUAGGGGAAACAACUAUUUUGAUAUCAAGUCUGAUGAUAGCGAUUUCUGUUUAAAAUCAGCUUUAAUUUUAACUUCAAAUUUUAAUGAUGGAUUGCUGAAAUGUGAAUGUAACACUUUGGGUUCCGUAAAUAUUGUUUGUGACAAAUUCGCUGGUCAGUGUAAAUGCAAAGAAAAUGUAGUAAAUCGCCAGUGUACAGCUUGUAAAAGGGGUUAUUUUGGAUUCCCGAAUUGUAAACAAUGCAACUGUGGUAAAAAGAAAUGCAAUCCAGUUACCGGAGAAUGUAUAUGUCCUUUUGGAACAACUGGCAAAGAUUGUGAUAAAUGUAUUGAAAAUCAUUAUAGUAGAAAUUCUACAUUGUACGGUUGCAAACCUUGCAAUUGCAAUAUUGAGGGCACGAAUGGAGUUGAAACUUGCAAUUCAACAACAGGGCAAUGUCAGUGUAAAGCUCACACGACAGGAAGAAAUUGUGGCAUUUGUCUUAACGGCUUUUUUGAUUUUCCCAGUUGCAAAGUGUGUAACUGUGACAAGAAGGGAACUACAGAAAAUGUUUGCGAUAAAAAAACCGGAUUUUGCUUGUGCAAAGAAAAUGUUUAUGGCGAAAGAUGCGAUCAAUGUAAACAAUCAACUUUUUAUUUGGAGGAUAGAAAUAAGCUUGGUUGUACCAAAUGUUUCUGCUUUGAUAGAAGUAUGAUUUGUGAUUCGUCGACUUUGAGACGAAUCAAAAUAUUUUCUGCACAGGACUGGAAGUUAUCAAAUGAUGUGAAUGAAACUUUGAUGGCUAAUUCUCAGAAUGAUACAUCAUUUGUUUUGAUGAAAAAUGCAAUGAAAAAUUAUACUUGGUUCUGGCAUGCUCCAAAGGAAUACGUAGGAAAUAUGUUGAAAUCAUAUGGCGGAAAAUUAAUAUUAACAUUAAAUUUUGAAAUGUCAACAUCUGGAAAUACUUUUGGUGUGGAUAAAUACGAUAUCGUACGAAUUCAGUCUAAGGAACAAACUGUUAAACUAAAUUUAAAAGGCCGACAUUUGCCCAAUGUGGGACAGGAAUAUAUUAUUGAUAUAAAUGAAACUAGUUUCAGUAAUAUGGACGGAAGUGAAGUUGAUAGGAGUGCUUUCAUGCGCCUGUUAUCUAAUGUGGAGUCCAUUCAGAUUCAAGCAAAUUGGAUGAUUCCUGUCGAGAAAGUAUCCCUUAAAGGAGUAUAUCUAGAUUCAGCUGAUGAAACUGGCACUGGAAAUAUUGCUGAAAAUGUAGAACGUUGUGAAUGCGAAUCUCAUUUUGUUGGAAAUUCAUGCGAGAGAUGCGAUGAUGGAUAUUACAUUGACGGAAGUAUCUGUCGACGAUGCCUUGAUAAAUGUAAUGGAAGAUCUACGGAAUGUGACCCUCUAACUGGAGACUGCAAGAAUUGUGAGAUGGGAUUCACUGGACCAAAAUGUAUGAAAUGUGCCGAUGGUAAAGGUAUUGAUAGAAUCACUGGAAAUUGCGUCAAGUGUGCUUGUCCAACGGAACAAAACAGUAACGCAAGAACCUGUAAAAAUAGUCCAUGGAACGGAAAUGAAAUGGAAUGUGUGGGAUGUAACGAAGGGUAUAUGGGAGAAAAAUGCGAAAUCUGUGCUCCUCACUACUUCGGUAAUGCAAUGGAAAGCAAUUGCACAAAAUGUGAAUGUAAUUCCAACGUUGAUGAGAGUAUCCGAUUUCCGUGUGAUAGACAGACUGGAAAAUGUUUAGACUGUCUGAAUAAUUCGACUGGUUGGAAUUGUGAACGUUGUUUAGAUGGAUUUUUCGGAGAUGCUAUAAUCAAAAAGAAUUGUCAAAAAUGCCAAUGUGAUUCUAAGGGAACUGAGAAAUGUGAUUCUGAAACUGGUGUUUGCAAAUGCAAACAGAAUUUUGUCGGAAAGUUUUGCGAUUCCUGUGAAACUGAUCAUUAUCUCGCCAAUAGUCUCACUUGUGAACCAUGCAAUUGUCCGGAAAAGCUAACGCACAAUAAUUCUUGUAAUGCUAAUUCUGGACAAUGCCCAUGUAAAAGUAACCUUUUAAGUGGUCGAAGCUGUAGCAGCUGUAAAGAUGGUUAUUACGGAACCCCUUUAAACUCACAAAGCUCAACACUUUGUUACAAAUGUGACUGUUAUAAGAACGGUGCUAAAAGUUGCAAUAAAGAAACAGGAGAUUGCAUGUGUGAUGAAGGUCGUACAGGUGAUAAAUGUGAAAAAUGUAAACCUGGAUGGCUUGCGGUUGGAAAUAAAUGCCGAAUAUGUGAUGAAUGUGUUAUGCUCCUGGUUAACGACACCAAAGUUCUUCUUGAAAAUAUCACUUCGGUUAAGGACGAUUUAGAUGCUACACACGUAAGUGUAACGACUCUCACUCGCCUCAGAAAACUUAAUGAAACAGUUUUAGAACUCUCACCAAAAGUAGAUGAUAUGGAAAUAGUUAAUAAUGAAAAUUGGAGAAAUGAUAUGUUAAAAGAGAAUAAUACCCUUCACCAAAUGUUUAAUGAUCUUUUCGAUGACUCAAUACAAAAGGUUCAUCAUCGUUCAACAAUAUUAGCAACUGAAAGCCAACAAUUGGGUGACAGUGUUGGGAAAAAUCUAAAUCUUAAAAAUCUGCUUGAGUCAGUUUCUAAAACAGUUGCCUACGUAAUGAGAGUACACAAAUUAAUUAAACAAGGGGUUAAUGCAUCUGAUGUAAAUCACUUGCUAGAGAAUGCCAGAAAAGCACUCGAUGAAAUAGAUAAAGUUGACAUCAAAAAUGAUUGGAUGUAUACUAAUUCAACAUUAAACCUUUUACAAACACUUACAAGCGACGUAGAAGCUCUGCAAAAUCAAACAGAAAGCAACUCCGACAUUGUUAGUUCUUUAACAAUGCGAUUGAAUCGUCUGAUUGAAAAAUUACAUAUAAGUGGUGAUAUAAUGGAAAAUCUCGAUAGGAAGACCGGAGUGAUUAAACUCAGACUAAAGGAAGUUUCUGGAGAAGUCACUGAUUUAAUGAAUCAAGUAUCGAGUUUGAAAAAGAUAAAUUCUUCAAUAUUCACACUACACAGUGAAUGUAAGAAUAAACUUAUGGAAAGUAAAAACUCUUAUGAGCAAAAUGAAAAUGCUCUAUCAAACCUAACAGAACAAUGGUCUAAAUUUCUUAAUUUAAGAGAUUUAGAUAUUUUAUAUAAGGAACUAAACGAGAGCAAAUACAAUUUGGAUAAAAAGAGUGUGGAAGCAUUUAGUCAUUCAAAAAAAUUAAUGAGUGAUCACGAAGAAAUAACGAUGUUGCUAAAAGAAACGUAUAAUAAGACUUAUGCCGAUGCUGCAUCCACUGCCUAUCAAACUAUUGCAAAUUUGUACAAUAAUGCUUCAAAAGAAGCCAAAAAUGCGUUAGAAUUGUCUCAAGAGUCUCUGAUAAAAUCAACAGAUAUGGAAAGUGAUGCUCUGAAUUCUGCCCAACAAAGUAAUCGUACAAUCGCCAAUCUAAGAGAAUCUUUGGGAGAAAUUCACUAUAUGCAAAGGAGCGUGGCUAACAUGAAAUCUACUUCUGUAUCUAAAAUUGAAGACGAAACACGUGAUCUCGAAGCCGACUUCGAUAAAUCGCUCAGAAAAAAAAUAAAUGCUGCAGAAAUGACCGAAAAAAUUCAAAAAUUGAAUGAUGAGGCUGAUUCUCUUCAGUCAAACGUAAAUGCUGGAAAAAAGAAAAUGGAUAAACUACACGGCGAUUUGAAAACUUUUCUUCUUAACGCAAGACAACUACAGGAUGGUUUUUCAGAUUCUACGGAUGAUUUGAACAAGAUAGGAUCCAAUCUACAAAAGUCUGAGGCUCACGAAGCGGACAUAAUGAGAGAAAAGAAAACUCUGAAAACAAACGUUGACGAGUUGAAAACAGUUAUGGAUAAAAUGCGAACAAAGCUUAGUGAAAUGCGCCAUCAUAUUGAAACAGCGAGAAAUCUAUUGAAUGCAGAUUUAGCAAUAUACUUUAAUGGUACCAGUUAUAUACAAGCACAUUAUAGUCCAAAGGAAACUAAUGUAACUCCGGAAAAAAUGGUGCAUAAUAAACUUCAUAUGUCUGUGUUUCCUUUCGAAGGCGUCUCAGGAACUUUAGCGUAUUUUGGUCCGUCAACCAGUAGUAACAUUGAACUCAAUGAUUUCUUUUUGCUAGGAAUUAAAGAUAAAAAACUUGGUUUGGUGACAAAAAUCGGAAAGAAAAAAACAUAUCUUGAUCUUGAAAUUCCAGUUAAGAAUAUAUUAGUAAAUGAUGUCACAGAUAGGGCUGACUGGGUUGAAAUAAAAGUUGAACGACAGGCCAACCUUGUAAAGUUAUUAGUGGGAGAUAAAUCUAAAAACGUCACGGUUUCCAGUGAAGAAGAUUUUGUUUUCGAUCAUACAAAUACAAAAAUAUACUUCGGAGGUAUUCCGGAGAGUGAAAUUCUCAUAAAUAAACUUUUAGCAGAGUAUGGCUUCGAGAAAAAUUUGUCCAAGGCCGGUAUAUGCUCUGGUAUCGAAUUCAACAAUUACAUGCUCUCUCUAUAUAAUUUUGAUGAUGCAGAGAAUGUAGAAAACUAUAAAAAUACCAAAAAGAAUUCUCCGGGGCCUCGUAUGAAAUACUUAGAUGGAGAAAGCUAUCUUAUGGAUACGUACACUAAUAGUACUCCUCAUAAUUCAUAUUUAUUCAAAAAUAUUGAAGGAAAUGGCAUUCUCUUCACUUUAAUCAGAAAAGAUGCAAACAAUACGUCCCCUAUUUUUAUCAUACUUAAAGAUAAAAAGAUCAACUUUCUUCAUGGGAAACAUUAUUCAAGCUUCUUCCAGAUUCCAUUCGAAGAUAAGGAUAAGAAUUAUCCAAUUAAGACAUUCGGUCUAGAAUUAUCAAUUGAACAAACUAAAAGAAAUGUAGUCAGAAUCGAAUUAAAUCAAGAUGACAAUGGGGAUGAUAUACUAGGAGGAAGUGCGACUAAGGUCAAGUUGAUGCCUGAACUAAAAAGAUAUUUCACAAAUUUUGAGGGAAAUGGUCACGUAUUUGUUGGAGGUUCGCCUGAAAUUUAUAAAAAAUAUCUGAAGAAAUUCACUGAUUUGCCGAAGAAUAACAUAAAAAGCUGCUACAGUCCUCGAUUGUAUAGCCCCCUUGCAGGGAACAAAAAAUUGUCACUUUGCCCAACAAGUGACUAUCCAAUAAAGAUUGUAUCUUUUCCUCGUGUAACGAAUAAUGCAUAUUUAACAAACAGUCGACUUAGCAAUCUCAAGUUUAAAGAAUUUAUCCUCACUGUUCGUUUUAAAGUAUGGAGAAAUAAUUCAGACGGUCUUAUAUUAGUUAUGAGUGAGAUACCAUCUUCUUCGCCAAGAAUAAUUGGAUUUUCAAUGUAUUUACUUGAUGGUCGAGUUCAUGUUCUCGCUCGAGUAAACAAAGACCCAAUUCGUAAAAUUAUCAGUCAAAGUCCUGUAAAUGAUAGAGAAUGGCAUUUUAUAACAAUUCUUAGGACUUCAACCGAUCUCUCAAUAUUUCUUGACGAUGGCUUACUAGUCAAACUCUUACCGAGUGGACAUAUGCCAGUUUUUUAUUUGGGUGGUAUAAAAUCUGAAGCUCUGUAUAAGGAUUUAAUACACGAAAAUAUAGACUCAUUCAAGGGCUGCUUCGCUGACUUCACCUAUUAUGAAGCUGAUAUGGAGGAUCAUUCAACGGAUAAAAAAGAAUUUUAUCAAGUUGUAGACUUCAAAAAAAUGAUGGAGAAACGCGAUUCCGUGAAUUUUGGAAAAUGUUCGGAUCAAGAUGAUUAG